AUGCGCUGUAACUUGCUGAGUUCUCGUCAACGCCUGCACACGUUUCACAGAAAUGCUGCCGUAACUCAUCGAGAACUAUGCCUCCUCUCCGACCUGGAAGAGCUUCCAAAGCGUGUGAUCUCUGUCACAAGUACAAGACGAGAUGUUACGUAUCACAAGUCAAUGGUGGUACCUGUCUCCGAUGUGAGACACUGUCUCAACCAUGUUCCCUCCAAGGGUCGCCGCAUUCCAGGGCGUCAGGCUAUGAGCAUCGUCCAGACUUCCGUAGCCCUGCGACGACGAGCAACGAUGCUUCCGUAUCGGAAAGCCCAGUACAGGCUCGCACGUCUUGAGACAGCGAUGCAGACUGUUGUGCAACGUCUUGAUGCCAAUUCGGGGGGCCUGGCUGUGGCAAGGCAUACGCCCACCGUGGCAGUAGUGGCUCGUCAAGUUUCGCCGGAACGCAAUCGGGCUCCUGUGUUACUGAUUCGAGACGCCACGACUGAUGCUGGGCUCACAACGCCCCAAUCCUACGAUGAGGGCAUCGACAACGCGGGAUGGAGUAUCAUCGCUAGCGGACUGAUGACAACAUCAAUGGUCAAUUCACUCAUAAAUUAUGGCCGAUGGGUCAGGUUCCCGCAAGAUCUAUCGACUGUCAUGCUCCAAUUGCAGACCACAAAAUCACGCUUGCUGCUCUAUAGUGUCCUGCUCAUCGCCGUGAGGCACAAAACCCAGGAACUUGCUGAUCAACUGGCCCCGAAGCUGUUCCACGAGGUGAAGAGGCUGUUACAACAGGCAAUGCUUGCGGCCGACCAGCCCAUAGAGUUUUUUCAAGCUGUCGUUAUUCUAAGCCUCUGGUCAUCUACCAUUGGGCAACGUCCACUUAGCAUCGACAGCUGGCUUCUGACAAGUCAUGCCUUCGUGCAAGCAACGUCAAGUCCCGCUAUCGCGCACAUUCUUCAGCCCUCGUACCAGCGAGCCACAUCACGAGAGUGCGACCUGGAUGUCAUAUAUAUAUGGAACCAUCUCUGCGUGGCACACCUACAGUCUGUGGAUCACUCGGCCAUGUCCUCAAGUGUCAAUCUAACAGUUGCAGAUAUUGCGUUGUACUACAGCGGCAGUCAUUCCUCAACCAGGCCCAGAUCGAUCAGUGUCUUCGGAUGGCAGAAAGCGAUCAUGUCACAAACUACGAGGCUCGAAUGGCUGCGGAGGUGCAGCUAUACUGGAUCAUUUAUCAGGAGUCCUGCAAAGGUCAAGCGGCUAUGGAAAACACCAAUGAUGCACUACAGAGUUGGAAGCAACGGUGGGCUGCAUUGUUCAGUGAACCAACAACGUUCGCAGUUCUUGCAAAUGGGCUUUUACUUUGGACAGUUACUAGCAAGCCAUCAGACGCUGUGUAACGCCUCCACCAGCCCCAAAAGCUCUAUACUUGCAGAAAUGGUCCACCUCUGCAAGACUAUUAUAAAUCUGGCCAUCGAAACGGCAGAUGAACGGACGCGACACCUGACAGACCACAUAUACCACAUCUUAACCUUCUCCGCACUCACGCUUACACAAAUUCUCCACACGUACGAGUCAAACCUUCAGGCUGCGGGGCAUGACAUUGCCGCUCUGGAUGAGCUCGUCAUCAAGCUGGCAAACUGGCUGAAGUCAAUUGGCCUUCGGUGCCAUAUCUCACACAUGUUUAGCCAGACGCUUAUCAUGAAGGUCAAAAAGCUCAGAAAUUGUUCCAUCUCCGAUGGGAUAAUCGGUGAUGCGGCGCUCAAAGGGUCUGAACUGGCUGCUGCGAGUGGACAGGAUGAAUGUCAUUCCGAUAUCACUUUUUCUUUUCCCGACUUCAUAGACUCCGAGCUUUUGAGCAUGGUUACAAACACUGAUGGCUGGCCUCAGUGGGACUCAAAUUGA